AUGGAAUUCUUUGGAAUUACAUUGCAUGGACCACAAAAUUAUAUCAAAGAUAUGCUUCAAGAGAAUUACCAGGAACCGGUGACUAAAGAAGAAGCAGAAUCUUUAAUGCAUAAUAUAGCAGCUACAAAUAAGUCCUUGAUAGACGAGUUCGAGAAAAUUCGUGUGAUAGAUUGUUACAUUGGAAGAGUUAACGGUUUUGCAUAUGGUUCCAGUCAAAGAUUUAUUAAAAUGAAACGUAAGGGCGUAAUCAAGCCUGUUGGUCCGGGAAUGAUGUAUAGACUUCCACCUGCCACUUCGAUAGAGUAUGGAUGGUGGCAGUAUGAUCCUGUUUUAGAAAAUAAGACAUGGUACAUUACAGUUCCUAGGCGACCCCAGCCUUCGUCGCCAAACACCUUAAUCCUGGACAAAGUUCGCAAGAAUAAUAAAUAUGCUACUUUAUUCUAAAAUAUGAUGAUGACUAAGUUGUAGUCGAUACCUAUAGCUACGAUGGUCCUCUUGGUACAAAUAAAUUUACUAUUUAUAAGUAACAAUAAAUAAAUAUUUUAAUUGAUAAUAA